AUGGCCAAGAUCACCACCCAAUAUUCCCACCCUUCCCAGGCCCACCUCGCAGUAAGAAUCAUGGACAGUGAUCUCGAUCACAUUGAAAAUGGCAUCAGCCGGACCCUCUCUCCUUGUGAGGAGACAUCAUCAGAACUGCAGCAAGGGAUCGCCAUGGAGACCAGAGGACUGGCUGAAUCCCGACGAAGUUCCUUCACCAGCCAGCGGCCCGCCAGGUUGUCACGACUCAUCAUCUCUCUGCAAGCAUGGGCGGCCAGGCACUUACACCGUGAGGAUCAGAGAUCGGACUCUUUUCUGGAUCGUUUCCGUGGAACUGAGCUCAAGGAGGUAUCCAGCCGAGAAAGCAAUGCCCAGUCCAAUGUGGGCAGCCAGGAGCCACCUGGCAGAGAAAGAAGUGGCUGGCCUUUGGCCAGAAACAAUGUCAACACCUGCAACAACUCAGAGAAGGAUGACAAGGUGAGAAAGGAGGAGAAAGAGAAAAAGGAAAACUGCCCCAAACAAGAGAAAAGGAAGAAGGAGGCCAUGAUGGUAGACCCCUCUAGCAACAUGUACUACCACUGGCUGACCAUCAUCACCGUGCCUGUCUUCUACAACUGGUGCCUGCUGGUUUGCAGGGCCUGUUUUGAUGAGCUUCAGUCUGAGCAUCUGAUGCUGUGGCUGGUCCUGGACUACUCAGCAGACGUCCUCUACGGCCUGGAUGUGCUGGUGCGAGCCCGCACAGGCUUCCUUGAGCAAGGCUUGAUGGUCAAGGAUGCUGAGAGGCUAUGGAAACAUUACAUGAAGACCAUUCACUUCAAGUUGGAUGUGUUGUCUCUGGUCCCCACGGACCUGGCUUAUUUAAAGCUGGGCAUGAACUACCCAGAACUGAGGUUCAACCGCCUACUGAAGUUUUCCCGGCUCUUUGAAUUCUUUGACCGCACGGAGACAAGGACUAACUACCCCAAUGUGUUCAGGAUUGGGAACCUGGUCUUAUACAUCCUCAUCAUCAUCCACUGGAAUGCCUGCAUCUACUUUGCCAUUUCCAAGUUCAUUGGUUUCGGGACAGACUCCUGGGUCUACCCAAACAUCUCAAACCCAGAGUAUGGGCGCCUCUCCAGGAAGUACAUUUACAGCCUCUACUGGUCCACCUUGACCCUGACCACCAUCGGUGAGACGCCGCCUCCCAUCAAAGAUGAGGAGUAUCUCUUUGUUGUCAUAGACUUCCUGGUGGGUGUCUUGAUUUUUGCCACCAUUGUGGGCAACGUGGGCUCCAUGAUCUCUAACAUGAAUGCUUCACGAACAGAGUUCCAAGCCAAGAUCGACUCCAUCAAACAGUACAUGCAGUUCCGCAAGGUGACCAAGGACUUGGAGACUCGGGUUAUCCGGUGGUUCGACUACCUGUGGGCCAACAGGAAGACAGUGGAUGAGAAGGAGGUGCUCAAGAGCCUUCCAGACAAGCUGAAGGCUGAGAUCGCCAUCAAUGUGCACCUGGACACUCUAAAGAAGGUCCGCAUCUUCCAAGACUGUGAGGCAGGGCUGCUGGUGGAGCUGGUACUGAAGCUUCGACCCACUGUGUUCAGCCCUGGGGAUUAUAUCUGCAAGAAAGGGGACAUUGGGAGGGAGAUGUACAUCAUCAAAGAAGGCAAGCUGGCUGUAGUGGCCGACGAUGGGGUCACCCAGUUCGUAGUCCUAAGUGAUGGGAGUUACUUUGGGGAGAUCAGCAUCUUAAACAUAAAGGGGAGCAAGUCAGGCAACCGCAGGACAGCCAACAUCAGGAGCAUUGGUUACUCGGACCUGUUCUGCCUCUCAAAGGACGACCUGAUGGAGGCCCUGACCGAAUACCCUGAUGCCAAGAGAGCCCUGGAGGAGAAGGGACGGCAGAUCCUGAUGAAGGACAACCUGAUUGAUGAGGACCUGGCCAAGGCCGGGGCAGACCCCAAGGACAUCGAGGAGAAGGUGGAGUACCUGGAGUCCUCCCUGGACACCCUGCAGACCAGGUUUGCACGGCUCCUGGCUGAGUAUAACGCCACCCAGAUGAAGAUGAAACAGCGUCUCAGCCAGCUGGAAAGCCAGAUGAAGACCUGUGGGAGCAGCUUCCUGUCUGAUGGGGAGGCUCCUAGGGAUGCUCCUAAAACAGAGGACAAAGAACAGUGA